AUGGGGCUCAUUCGGCCAGCCAAAUUUACUGCAUUAAUUCUGCUUUCAGGGCUAACUUCUUCGUCCGCCGUCGGGGAUGUAUCUUCGAGCGUGGUUGAGUCGCGCCCCGUGCAGUUAUGCGGCGACCAACAUAAUCCAGAUAAGCUGACCCUGACGCUAGCGCCGGGAACUCCAACCAUUUCAUUCGGCUGUAGCGCCAAAGAGGCAAUGCUGAUGCCCUCAAAAACGAAGGUGUACACAAACAGUACUGAUGACACCCAGAGCGACCUGUCUACUGUGUGCAGGAAUGCUACUCUAAAUGAGUCACCUGGGGUGCAGCAGGAACCGAAAACCUACACCCUCAGUGUCCCUGAAGACGCUCGGCAAGGUCAAGUGCUCUACUGGAAGUGUCAAAUGUCUCAAGCGCCUCAACUGAGUGAACCCAAGCUGAAGACCGGCGAGCAAUCUCAUGCUUCUGCAGUCACGCCUAAGAAGGACUGCACUGUGCAAAUUACGGUAACCGCUCCCAAACCCAAACCCGUGCCGUCUAUUAAAGUGCAUCAAUGCGAGCCUCAACUGAAGGGUCAGCUGGUUACGGCGACUCUCCCGAAAAACACGGAGACGCUCUUGUUCAGCUGCGGUUCGGGAAAUGCUGAGCUCCACCCGAACCCGUCACUCAACAAGUUCUAUGAAGAUGCACUGUGCAUCGAGCUCGAUUCAUUGGCGGAAGACGUUUGCCGAGGUGCCACGCUAACGGUGGAGAAACAAGGCGGUCCGAAAACGUACAAGCUGACAGUCCCUGAACUGGGCCGUCAGAGAAAGGUGCUGUACUACAAAUGUUUGGCUACGGAAGCUGUCUUGCCAAACAGGUUGGGUGGCAACUUGCCCCCUAAAAACCCCUCAUCGUGCACUCUGCAAAUCACUGUCGACGGCCCUGUGGAUCCUGACAAUGAUGACGACGAUCUGUCGCCUCACGACUCUGACGACGACCAAGAUGACCAAAUGGACGACCUAUUUGAGACUUGUGAGAUCGAUGACGAUGAAAAUAAAAUGGAACAUAUAACUCUGCCCUCCAAACGGAAGCGCGUCGGCUUCUCUUGUGGUACAGCAGGUGCGCCGACUCUGACGCCAGAGGCAUCCGAGAACAAGUUCUGUGUGGAUCCAAGCUGCAGUGAGCAGAAGCUGUUGUCGAGCUUAUUUCCCGGCGCCACGUUUGUUGCCACUCCUUCCUCGGGAACAACUAUCUACAGCCUUUCCUUCAAAUCGAAGCCGCGUGCGGAUCACGAGUUGUACUACGUGUGCACUGCCACGAAAGCCGUGCAAGAUCGCGACGUUGCCGGUGCUGUCGAGGGAACACAGAAAAAGAGGAAGUGCACUGUCAAACUCACCAUAAAGGGGCGGAACUCCUUUUUCUCAGCAGGUGUGCCGAAAGCGGUCACGUCAGGGCUUGUCGCCGCAUUCAUCAGUGGGCUCCUUUACAUGCGGCUUUAA